AACGCCCAGCUCAAGCUGAGUUGAACUUCUCAGGGUAUCCUGCGCAGUCGCCGAAGCAUAUUGGUAUCCGGAGACUUCUGCAGGGAACCGCCUUAAAUUUUAUCACGUCGAGUCAUUUUGCAAUAGUAAUCAAUUCGGACGGCACACCCGUGCGUAUGAAACAGUAUUCCAUGCUCGACCAGGUUGUUCUUGAAAAUCUGGGCCUGGAUUGAGUGGGUCCCCUUUUUGGUCCUUGUUGGCGGCUUCCAUCCGGGUACACAGUAAUGAAUUUUUCCUCGGCAGAUCGUUUCUCCUGCAAUAGAUGUUGUGUCCCUUGUGUUUGCCGCAGCACAUAUCACCUGUCAUAUCCUCACUCGGUGGUUGACUACCGUAUCAAUCUCUGGAUCGUGGGCUGUGAAGGGCCUGUAUCGCACCCGUCCCCGAGAUGUUACAUCGCAACUUGUCUGCGCGGAAGAGAUACCUCGAUCGGAAGGACCGAGACUCAGAAAAUGUAUAAAAGGCUGCUCCCCGUAGCCAAAGAGAUCCCAAUCCACAUCUCCAGCCCAACAAUCUCACCUCUGUCCUUAAAGCCUUCUCUCAGUUCUUACACAACCAUGUUCUCCAGAACAUUCCUCUCGGCCGUCGCUGCAUCAGUCCUCUUUGUGGCUUCUGCGUCUGCCAUCUGUCCCGGGUACAACUUCGGUAUCGCUCAGGCUGGCGGCCAAAUGAACGGCAACAACGGCGUUUGGCAGGUGUACGAUAACUCUUGCAACGUCGUUCACCAGGCGACUGGACAGAUGCCGUGCGGUGGUGGCGUGUUCGACUGCAACUCUGCCCAGACCACCUUCACCGGCUUACAUCCUCGAUGGUGCCAACUAUGCUUGCAGCCCCGACACUAACGCUGAUUCUUGCAAUGGCCAAGCUAUUCAAGUCUGUUGCCACUGAACGGCAAUCAACGGUGCAAUGGCCUUCGAAUCUGACACUAGUUUUCUAUGUAAGCGGA